AUGGUGUCGUUGGUGUUCGGAGGAUGUUGCACGAAUGUGUGGGCUUAUGAACGACUGUUGAAGAUGGAGUCUCGCGUCGGCUCCUUCCUGACCUUCGCCCAAAUGACAUUCAUAACCCUCCAACAACUUCCCUCCUUCUUCACCCUCUCUUCCAAAACGUCACUUCCGGUCCCGAGGCUCAAACCGCGUCAAGUACCGCUGCAUCAAUGGGCCCUCCAAGUGAUCGUGUUCGCUGCGGGGUCGUUAUUGAAUAAUUUGGUGUAUGCGUAUAAUGUGCCGUUGACGGUGCAGAUCGUGUUCAGGUCGGCUGGUGAGUGCUCGUUUCUCUGUCUCGGAGUGUCAAUGUUGUUCGGACGAUUCUUCAUGAAGAAACAGUAUUCGCUAUGGCAAGUCAUUGCGGUAUCACUCGUCUCCAUCGGCGUCGUCCUCGCCACACUCUCCCGACCUACCUCCUCCAAGUCUAAGUCCUCAAACUCGGACUCAACAACGGACGCGGAAGAAAAUGUGCCUCAGUACUUCGUAGGCAUUGCUAUGCUUACCGCUUCGCUCGUCUGCACGGGUAUACUGGGUAUGUUACAGGAGAGGACGUAUAAGAAAUAUGGUCCUUGCUGGAGGGAGGGGGUCUUCUAUACGCAUGCUCUCUCUCUUCCGAUGUUUCUCUUCUUUAUCCCACAGAUCAGACACGGUCUUCAUAGUCUGAACACCUACGGAAGCCCCAAAUCACCAGACUUGCCGCUGGUGCCGUCCCUUGUCGCGGAAUGGAUACCCGUCCCACUGCCAUAUAUAAUUCUCUCCGCGAACCUGCUGUCGCAACUCGUCUGCGUGUCCGGUGUGAAUCUGCUUUCGUCCCGCGUCUCGUCCGUAAGCACCCAAGUCGUGCUCACCACCCGCAAAGCCAUCUCUCUCUGCUUCAGCGUCUGGUGGUUCGGGAACGGCUGGAACGCGCAGUUGGGACUGGGCGCGCUCAUGGUCUUCGUUGGUUCGUUCUGGUAUACCGUCGUCGCUUCUCCGCCUCCGCCCCCGUCUGCUUCUCCAAGUCCGCCCUCGUCUGCUUCUCCAUCUCCGCCUCCGUCUGCUUCUCCACGUCCGCCCCCUGCUGCUUCUUCAGUGAAGCAUAUGACGGAGGGGGACGCGGAGACGAAGGAGGGAACUAAUGGGCGCUCGACGGCGUUGGAAGACGGGGACGGGGAUGGGGCGAAAGAAAGAGAGAGGAAGGAGGCGAGGAAGACGAGGAGGUCGAGGCCUAUGCAGAGGGUGGAGCGUGAGGACCUUCAGAGUAAUGCGGGGGAUAGGAAGGAGAGGUAG